AUGAGCACCAACGAAAACGGUGCAUCAGACGGAGCUAGCGAAGGCGAAUCGCGUCGAUCACCGUUGAUCCGCCCCAGCGCUUUUACACCAGCGCAACCCUUCGCAUCAGCGCACGACGUCAAUGCACAACGCUUGCAUCUACAACCGCACCGAGGACCAGCGGCGCCAUCGCUCAGCAUAUCGCCGACGCCAUCGCUGCACCCAGAAGGAGCGUCAUCUCAGGAAGCAGGAUCGUCCCCAGACAGCGCGAUGAUCUACCAAAUGCUGCAAUUAAUGCAGAAGCAGAUGGCCCAACAGCAGCAAAUGAUGUCGCAAUUAAUGCAAUUGCACCCGCUCCCGCAAACGUCGCAGCCCCAGCAGCAUUCGCAGCAGCAGUCUUUCGUCCCGCAGCAGCAGUCUUUCGUCCCGCAGCAGCAGCCCGAGCUUACCAUGGAUGCUUUGGCGAGCAGCAUUUCCGAGUUUCGGUACGAGGCCGAGUCGGACGUUACGUUUUCCGCCUGGUUUUCACGUUACGACGACCUGUUUAAGCAGGACGCCUCCCGACUCGACGACGCGGCGAAAGUUCGUUUACUCGUGCGUAAGCUGGGCACGACAGAGCAUUCACGGUAUACCAGCUUUAUCCUUCCACGAGUUCCGCGCGAUGUGAGUUUUCAAGACACAGUCAGCAUAUUGAGUUCGCUUUUCGGAAGGGCUGAGUCGCUUGUCAGCAAACGAUACAAAUGCAUGAAGCUGACAAAAGCGCAAUCCGAAGACAUACUCACAUUCAUCUGCCGCGUGAACCGAUCGUGCGUCGACUACCAGUUUUCGUCCAUGAGUGAGAAUCAGUUUAAGUGUUUGACGCUCGUGUGUGGACUAAAGGAUGAGGCUGAUUCAGACAUCCGCACACGACUUCUCGCACGCAUCGAGGAACGAAGUGACGUUACUUUGGAGGAUCUUGCAGCAGAGUGCCAGCGGAUAAAGAGCCUGAAGGUUGACAGCGCGAUGAUUGGAACGGAGUCGCGUGAACGAGUCCUUGCAGUGCACGGUGCAGGUAUGCAGUCGAACCAGCGGUACCAUCGAUCGGGCACGCAACCAGCUAAUUUCCGGAAGCAGAAAUCGAGUGAUUCCGGAGCAUCGGCGAAACCAUCGAAACCCUGCUGGUUAUGCGGUGAGCUUCAUUGGUCCAGAGACUGCAAGUUCAAAUCGCAUAAGUGCUCCAAUUGUGGAAAAAUCGGUCAUCGGGAAGGGUUUUGCCGCACAUCAGGACCGAUAAGACGACAGCGCAACUUUCGAAAGCACCGGCAGGUAACAUCACGUGUUGUAACUGUGAAUAUUUGCAGGGUUAACGACAGACGAAAAUACGUCAACCUGACCAUAUGUGGUCAACACGUGAGCUUGCAGCUGGACACUGGGUCGGACAUAACAGUCAUCAGUCGCUCGUUGUGGCAACAACUGGGCAAACCAUCGUUAGUUCCGGCAGAGGUCAACGCUAGGACAGCAUCGGGUGAGGAGCUUCAACUCGACGGUGAAUUCGAAACCAGCAUUGAAAUGGCAGGUAAAACGAGGGAAGCUAUCAUUCGGGUGACGCGAGCAAACAUUUUAUUGUUGGGUGCUGAUCUCAUCGAUCAAUUUGGUCUCAGUUCGCUACCAAUGGAUAGCUACUGCAAAAUGGUAUCGUCAAGCGGCUACAUCAAGGGUCUCCAAGCUAAAUUUCCGACAGUUUUUAGCGGUACGGGGCUAUGCACUAAAAGCCGCAUCCACUUGCAGUUGAAAGAAGACGCUCGACCCGUGUUUUUGUCCAAAAAGGCCUGUCGCUUAUGCCAUGAUUGA